UCUCAUCUUCCAUCUUUCCUUUCCUUUCCUCCCACACUCUUUUAUUUCUUGUUUCUUCAUUCGUUUAUCUUCCUUCUUUUCCACUUUCAUUCAUUUGACUUUUGUCUCCCCCAGUCGAUCGUUUCACUCUUUCACGAUCGACUCGCCUACGCGCUCUUCGCUCUUCGUACCCCCCUCUCGUGGUCAUAUAUCCUCGUCAUCUCCACCCCUCGCCCUCGCUCUCCCAUCAGAUGCGCUUGCGAUUGUUCUUGGAUUGAUGAAUCAUUUGUUUAUUGAUUGAGGACCGGAUUGAUUCAAGACUCCGGCUUAUUGAUCCUCCACGAACGGUCGCGAAGUCUGGCCUUCUCUUCAUCCUACCCAGCUGCAUAGGUCGGCUGUUGAUCUUCUCUUCUUCUUCAACCCAUUUUGAUCGCUCCCACCACGCUUCGGCACGACGUCUUCGUUCCCUGCGAUCGAGUGCCUAAAUCGAAGCGGCUUUCCUUUGAUUCAUCCGCCUGAAUCGCUUGACGCGGCUUCAGACGACAGACCAUCCAUUCCUUCGACUGUCGACCGGAUCGUCACUCCCUUCCCUCCUACCAACCAUGUCUUCGAUAGACACCCCGGAUCCGUCGAUCAUGUCGGCCUCGUCCGCCCCUACGGCGCCCACCACGGCCUCCCCGUCGUCGGCUGCCACCACCCCCUCGCCCUCCGUCUCCAACGCCUCCAUGCCGGGCCAGUCCUCUGCCCGUCGUCCCCAGCGCAAGAGCACCCUGACCCAGCAGCAGAAGAAUAAUAAGCGCCAGCGCGCCACCCAGGAUCAGCUCGUCACCCUCGAGCUGGAAUUCAACAAGAACCCCACCCCCACCGCCGCCACCCGCGAGCGAAUCGCCCAGGAUAUCAACAUGACGGAGCGAUCCGUCCAGAUUUGGUUCCAAAAUCGACGCGCCAAGAUCAAGAUGCUCGCCAAGAAGAGUAUCGAAACCGGAGAAGGUUGCGACUCCAUCCCCGAAUCCAUGCGCCAGUACCUCGCCAUGCAGUUCGAUCCCAGCAAGCCCGGCGCCCGCGACCCCUUUGGCCGCGCCGGCAGCUACGGCGGCCACGGCGCCUUUCCGAACGAGCCCACCCCGUCCGGCAAGGUUGUGAUCCACCAUUUCACCUGCCGCUCCCUGACGGUGGGCAGCUGGCGCCGCAUCGGCCAGAACGCCAUGGAUCUCGUCGUCUUUUACUCCCCCGAGAAGGCCUGCAUGACCUACUACAUCAACAACGACUCCGCCGGCUACAAGAUCGAGUACCCCUUUGCAUACAUCAAGAACAUCACCCUCGAGUCGGGCGACCAGGCCCCGCAGCCCAACGGCGCGCCCCCGCGACCCGCCGGGUUGGUCGUCGAGCUGAACCGCCCCCCUCUCUUUUACAUGGACUCGUCCAACUCCGGCGGCUUCUACCAGUGCGGCGAUUUCACCGAGGACCAGCAGGCUAGCCAGAUCCUCGUCCACCACCUUGGCGGUCACCCCAAGGUGCUUAGCGUCCAGCUCGCCAAGCUGGUCUCGCUCGAGUCCUUCCAGAACCGGCUGGCCUACAACCAAUUCGCUAUGCCCGGUCCCAUGUCCCCGCCCUUCAUCCAGCGGCCGGCUUCCCAGCCGAACCAGUUCGCGCAGCCCCAGUUCCUCGGGGUCUUCCCGGAGCACUCCACCGGCCUUCACAUGCCGGCGCGCGGCCACAAGCGCCAGCGCAGUCGGUCCGUGCCCGUGGCCGUCGACUUCGCGGCCAUGCAGCCACCUAUGGGUGCCUACCCUAUGACCCAGACGCACGCGCCCUACCACCACGCCGAUUCGGGCAUCUUCGCGCCUGUGCCGCAGUCGGCCGCCGGGCUGCCUGCCAACCUGCGGAUCGACACCUCCGCUCCGUACGGCUUCGAUCCUCGGGGACACCACCACCAUCCCAUGUCGGCCACCACCGCCACCGCGUCCCCGUCCGAUUUCGCCAGCCCCUCCCUGUUCAGCACGGGCCCGCCGGGCGAGUCGACGCCAGUCGCCGCGACCAUGGGCACGCCCUUCACCCUGCCGUUCCACGCCCCGGUGGUCGAGUCGACCGUGCCCACCCACGCCGCGUCGCCCUACUCCUCCGUCAGCCACGGCGAUCCCCUGAUCGCCGACCAGUCGCCGCCGCUGUCCAACCUGUCGCACGCGUCGCAGGACAUGUACCUGGGGAGCGAGCACCAGUCCACCUUUUCCGACGACGGCAUGUCCCUGGGCGGCAUGUUCCCCAAGCCGACCGUGAACCUGGGGGCUGCCAACAUGGGCCUCGAGGGACACCACCACCAUCACUUGGAGCUGCCCAUGCAGAGCCUGUCCAGCCACUCCUCUCCGGGGGUGCCGGAUUAUCAGGGCCUGACCGGGAUGGAGCACGUGGAUCACAAUGCGAUGGGAGGUUCCUGAGCUGCAUUACCCAAGUGCUCUCAAAUUUGAAUAGUGUGCUGGUUGAAGUGGUGUCAAUGUCGCCUACCUGAUUAGUCCCGAUGCGAGGCCGCACCCGGUCCGAUCCGGGUUGGUCCGCACGGUCAAAGGACUUCCAUCCCUGGGAUGAAUCCUCAGAACAGGACCUCAUGAUCCGAGGUCUUGUCGCGCCGAUGUGCGAACCGUUGCUGUUUCUUUCUUGUUGUUUCUUUUGUAUUAAUACCCUUCUCCAUUGGGCUGGUCCUUGAGCGUUCUGCUUUAUUCUUGAUUUCACUUCUUCAAUUCUCUUCGUGUUCGCUGGCUCAGUGGACACGUCUUUUACCUUUUUUUAUCUUUCUACCAUUUCUCAACCUUUUAACCGUUUUGGUUGUUUUUUCUCCUUUUUUCUUUCUUAUUUUUUUUUCCGGGCCAUUGGAUCUCUGGUUACAGGGUCUAGGGUCGGCUUGUAACGUGGUUAUGCCAAAGUCAGGAUGGCGAGAUUGAGUUGGAUUCCCCUUUGUUCUUCUGGGUCGGCGAGGUUGGACUUGAUUUCCUUUGUAUGGUUGGUCUAUCUUAUUUGUUAGUGUUAGUGUUGCGGAGUUGAGAUAUUUCGCAUUCAUUAUUUACUCACAUCA